AAAUAUACCAAACAGUUAUUAGUUAUUGCAAAGCUCAAAGGUUGUGAAAACGCCAAUGGUCCAUGAUGGUAUCAGUAGGACGAAACAUAUAGACACAAAUCAUAGUCAUUUUGCCUCCCAUUCACUGCCACUUGUUUUUCCUUUUACUUUUUUUUUUUCUCUAUAAUUUAUUGUCGUUUAUAGGAAAAGAGAUAUGUUUAUGCUAAGAGAGGUUUUCUCUUUUUACCUUGGCUCUGAUUAGGCCUUAGAAAAGCCAAAUUGUGUGUUCAUUGGUAAUCAAAUGGACAUUUCGUAAACCCCAAAUCCUGUUAUUGAAGUGGAAUUUUCAUGGUCAAAGGAAUGUUUUUGGGAUGUAACAAACUCAGUAACCCAAAAUAAUAAGAAAACGAGCUGAAAAGGAAAAGACAUGUAAGGUGAGUGGUCACUACUGAGGCAUAAAUUAAGAAACUGAAACUGGCUGUCUUUAUACAUUGACUCAGAGAAUUAGAGGGUACCAUACCAAUUACCAAACAUCCAAAGCUUGAAGAACCAGAAACAAAGAUGAUCAAAUCAUUCACAAAUCACAAAUAAAACUGAUUGUGCCCAUUUCGGCACAGCCUGUAAGAGGUCCUCCAAUUUUUCUUAAAGAAACCGACAAUUUUAACAUAACUAAUAAUUCCAACCAUCCCAUGUGGCUCACUCCUCUCACUCAACUCUGUGUCAAGUCACUCUACUCUUUCUCUUCCCCCCAAGUUAAAGGCACUUUCCUAAGAAAAAUCUAAAGCAGUGCAUUCUGUGAAUCUGGUUUCCAGCAUGUGGGAAUCGGAGAGCGAGUCAAGAGCAGGAUUCCCAUAUGGGGAUGGACUUCUUUCUUCAAGCAAACAUGGUGUCAAAACAGAAGGAUUUGUGCAAAGAGGCCACUCUUCGUAUGUUGCAACUGAUAUUCCUAGUGACUUUCUAGUUCAAAUUGGAGAAGCUAACUUCCACUUGCAUAAGUACCCCUUGGUGUCUCGAAGUGGAAAGCUGAGUAGAUUCAUAUAUGAAUCACACGACCUAGAUUUGAAUAAGAUAGUUAUGGAUGAUAUCCCUGGUGGGCCAGAGGCUUUUGAGCUUGCAGCCAAGUUCUGCUAUGGAAUUGCUGUUGAUUUAACAGCAGGCAAUAUCUCAGGCCUAAGAUGUGCUGCUGAGUACCUUGAAAUGACAGAGGACUUAGAGGAAGGGAAUCUUAUAUUCAAGACAGAAGCAUUCCUUAGCUAUGUUGUUUUGUCUUCAUGGAGAGACUCUAUAGUAGUGUUGAAAAGCUGUGAGAAACUGUCACCAUGGGCUGAGAACCUUCAAAUUGUUCGCAGAUGCAGUGAGUCCAUAGCUUGGAAAGCUUGUGCUAAUCCAAAAGGAAUAAGGUGGUCCUACACUGGAAGAACAGCAAAAAUUUCCAGCCCAAAAUGGAAUGAUAUCAAAGACUCAAGCCCAAGUAGGAACCAGCAGGUUCCUCCUGAUUGGUGGUUUGAAGAUGCCUCAAUUCUUAGGAUUGAUCACUUUGUUAGAGUCAUCACUGCCAUCAAGGUAAAGGGCAUGAGAUUUGAACUGAUUGGUGCUGCAAUAAUGCAUUAUGCAACUAAGUGGCUACCAGGAUUGAUCAGUGAAACAGCAAUCCAAGGUGAUGAAGGAAGCAAUUGCAGUAUCAGCAACAGUAGUAGUAGUGGUGGCAGUAGUUGGAAAGGUGGACUUCAUAUGAUAGUGACUGGCACUGGAGAUGACAGUUCAAGCCUUCAAGCUAGAGAUCAAAGGAUGAUAAUUGAGAGCCUUGUGAGCAUUAUUCCACCACAGAAGGACAGUGUUUCAUGCAGCUUCCUUCUUAGGCUCUUGAGAAUGGCAAUCGUGUUGAAGGUUGCUCCAGCACUUAUUACUGAAUUAGAGAAAAGGGUGGGAAUGCAAUUUGAACAAGCUACACUGGCUGAUCUUCUAAUUCCUUCUUACAAUAAAGGAGAGACUGUGUAUGAUGUGGAUCUUGUUCAGAGGCUGCUGGAGCAUUUUCUUGUUCAGGAACAGACUGAAAGUUCCAGUCCAAACAGACAUUCCUUCUCUGAUAAACAUGUUGCAUGUAACCUAAAUGCCAAAGCAAGAGUGGCAAGGCUUGUUGACAGUUAUCUUACAGAGGUGUCCAGAGAUAGAAACCUUUCCCUCACAAAGUUUCAGGUACUUGCAGAAGCUUUGCCUGAGUCAGCUAGGACCUGCGACGAUGGACUUUAUAGAGCAAUUGAUUCCUAUCUUAAGGCACACCCAACACUCUCUGAGCAUGAAAGGAAGAGACUUUGCCGUGUGAUGGAUUGUCAGAAACUCUCCAUUGAUGCAUGCAUGCAUGCUGCCCAAAACGAAAGGCUUCCAUUAAGGGUGGUUGUGCAAGUUCUGUUUGCUGAACAGGUCAAGAUAAGCAAUGCACUAGCAAGUAGUUCUUUGAAAGAUGUUGAAUCUCACUAUCAUCCAACGGUUACAAACCGAAAAGCACUUCUUGAAGAGACACCACAAUCAUUCCAAGAAGGAUGGAGUGCUGCUAAAAAAGACAUCAACACACUAAAGUUUGAGCUUGAGAGUGUGAAAGCCAAGUACUUGGAGCUUCAAAAUGAUAUGGCAAGUUUGCAGAAACAAUUUGAUAAGAUGCUAAAGCAGAAGCAAACUUCUGCAUGGAUCAGUGGGUGGAAGAAACUUGGCAAACUUACAAAGACUACUAAUGUAGAAAAUCAUGAUAAUUCGCCUAAGAUUCCUGCUUCUGAAGAACAGAAUAGAAAGACUACUAGAAGAUGGAGAAACUCAAUAUCCUGAUUCCUGAAAGAUGAGAAACCCUCAAUUUCUUUGAAAAGCAAUUCUUCUUUUGAACGUUAAAUGAGAAACUCUUAAUCUCUUCACAUUUUAUAGCAAUAUCUAGCUAAAUUGUAAUUUGUCACUAAAGCUAAUCAUAUUUUUCAAGGGUGAAUUUUACUGCACACAAACUCAAUGCCUCUUUUUUAUGCUGUUUUUUCAUGGGAAAAACUCAUUGUGUGCAUAUUUAAAAAUCUGUAGUUAAUUUAUUUUGGAUAACACGGACACUUG